UCACCUUUUCGUGGCAUCGAGCUUUACGGGAGACUCUUCCGGGUUUGUCGUUGACCGGUGAGAGUUCACAGUGCACGCACGGGUCGUGUUGUGCUUUUAGCUAGUGGUCUUUUCGCUAGCUGGGACUCGUGAUGUUAUGGCUUUCCUUAGUUUGUUCGUGAGAAGGCAGUUGCCGCAGGCCGUGUCCCACUUUGUCCGGAACGUGAAGCUGGUCCGGCCUCCCUGCGCCGGAGCCCCGCUGCGGAGGCUGCACGGGGCGUCCCGGCUGCGGGUCGGAGACAAGGGGCCGUGGGUGAAGAGCAGGGGGCCGGAGCAGCAGCAGUACCAGCUCACAGACCUCGACAAGGCGGACGCUUUGAUGCUGAGAAAGUCCCACGAGACAGGAUUCCUCUCGUGGUUCCGAAACGGUCUGCUAGCGACUGGGAUCGGAGUCAUCGCAUUUGUCCAGAGCGAAGUGGGACGAGAAGCAGGAUAUGCCUUCUUUAUCCUGGGAGGUGUGUGUGUGUCGUUUGGCGGCGCCUCGUACAUUGGCAGCCUUUUUACCCUGCGGAGGAUGAUGCUGCUGUCUGUGCCGGCGCUGCUGCUCCAGAGCGCCACGGUGUGCAGCGUCGCCCUCUUCUGGCUCUGCGCGGUAUCUCUUUACAUCGGCCGCCUGGAGGUGGAGAUCAUCCACGAGGGGGAGGAGGGAGAGGAUGAGUGCCGGGAGUGCCGCGAGAGGCGUGAACACCGGGGUUACCGUGGCUCCCACGACAGCAGACAUCAAGACAGUGAGGACAGUGAGGACAAGGGGCCGAACAAGUAGACAUCUAGUAAGACACCUUGGAUGAAAAGGACGCAUGUGUGGCUUUGAUUCAGAGCUUCCCCUUAUCUGUGUGUGUGUGUGUGUGUGUGUGUGUGUGUGUGUGUGUGUGUGUGUGUGUGUGUGUGUGUGUGUGUGUGUGUGUGUGUGUGUGUGUGUGUGUGUGUGUGUGUGUGUGUGUGUGUGUGUGUGUGUGUGUGUGUGUGUGUGUGUGUGUGUGUGUGUGUGUGUGUGUAAGAAGCCUACGUGUUCAUGUGUAGGCUGAGAGUCUAUAAUGAUACAGAUUUAUUGUUUAUUGUUAUGUUGAUGUGAAAAUGAUCGUUUAGCUGAAGAACUUUUGGACCUUUUGGAAAACUGGUCAAAAGAUACUGAAUAUUUGGUAGUUUGACUGCAUUCACUUUUGGGGAAUAAAUCAGCUUUUUUUUUGUAAGAUUUCUUAGAUAUAUUCAAAGCUGCUUCUCUUACAUUUUCAAACUGAAAAUGAUAUUGACUUAUCAGGCACACUGCAACGACUCCCUGAGAGCAUCAUAUCUGUUAAUAUGCGUUUAGUUUUCACUGCACUCUGCAAUCAUUUUUAGGCCAUUUAUGUUAUCUUGUUCAACAAACUGACUUGAAUUUUUCUUAAAAGUUUUGAAAUAAAACAAGCUGGAUGUGAAAUGCAAGAGAAUUUAGGUCAUAAACUAUGUGCGUGCUUCAGGGUUGUGUGUUUUUAUUUUAAUCAUCAGGGCUUACGAUCUUUUUUAUACACAGGAAGUUUAAGUCACCCUGUUUUGCAAGUUUGUUUUUCACUAUAGUAACUCUUUUGGAAACAAACUAUUUUUCACAGAUUUUUCUGUGGUUAUACAUUUGGCUCUGUAUUGUUUAUAUGCAUGUACAGUACCUUAUUGUAACAUACCCAUUUUACCUUUUGAGUGGAUUUCCCUCCAUCUGGUAAUCACUAUAGUUGCUGUUUUAGUGUAAAGAUUGGUUCAAAGUUAAUAAGUUCCAGUUUGUGUUCACAAGUUGGGUUCACUCUUGUUUGUGCACCACUUUCAGUACACCGGAGUGUAGCUACUGUAAUAAAGAGAGAAGAAAAUCUGUGCUGA